AUGGGAGUGGCCAAUGUUGUAGGUAAAAAGAUAGGAAGGUAGGAUACAUACAAUUAUUUCAUUUAUAUCUGCAACGAUAUAAGCAACGAUGAAUUAUUGCUUGACGAAAGACGAUUCCGAGCGCAGUUUGAUAUUACAUAUAUUUUUUUGCGAUUUUUGUUUAAAUUUGAUUUCAGAACGAUUAUUUAAAAAAAAAAGUCGGAUAAUUUUGAAAAUUUUACCACGUCUAAGUAAGUCCAAUAUAAAUAUUAUUACCAAGUUUCAAGUAUCUACGUGUAUUUAUAACCGAAUUACAGCAAAAAACUCCCAAAAAUUAAAAGUCCUUGAAAACUCGAAAGUUUUAACGGUGAUGCCUUAAGAAAUUAAAUCAAAAGGCAACAAAAAAAGUAUAUUGUGAUUUUUCGAUUAAAUCAUUUUUCCUGGUGGAAAACGUCGUCCGUGUUAUUAUAAAAUAAUGAAAUCGUGAUAUUGUAAGUUUUCCUACGUUCUUUCCCACUUAAGUGCUUUUAUUUAAAAAAUUGAAUCAAAAAUUAAAACAUGACAUGUUUAAGGUACAAUUAAAACAACUUAAGCUUUCAGAAAAGAUGCUACACGUAAAAAUCGGAGCAAGUUUACUAGGAAAAACUGUGUUCACAGACUAGAACAAAAAAAGAAGAAAAAAAUGAACAUAUUAGUAAAACCAAUAUUUUCCUCGUUACGCUCGGAAUCUAAUUUAUUGUUUAUUUACAUAUAAUAAUAGGUACUGUGUUUUAUUUUUUUUUUUUUUUCUUAAACGUGGUCCGUAAUUUAAUAACCCCCAAAAAUUAACGAUUUCACUAUAAAUUACAUCAUAAGAGUGCCAAUCCCGUAUAGAUCUGAGUUUCAGCCCCCCCCCCUCAAAUGUCAAACACUAUUCGCACUUAUGCUUAUGUUUAACCCUAUGAUUAUUAUUUUAUUUCAACAAUUAAAAUCAGUUAAUCACUAAUUAUUUUCGAGUUUAAAAUCCGUAUUUAUGUUAACAUUGUUAAUUUUUCAGGAGCGUUAUUCACCUACGACCAAAUCAACACCAGCCUCGAAAUAGCAUUUAAAUUCGGAGUCGAUCAAAUAAAUCGCGAUAAAAAUCUGUUGCCCCAAACCCAAGUAUCGUACGACAUCCAAUACGUACCAAGCGACAACAGUUUUCAUACGAUCAAAACCGGUGGGUAUGACGUGGUGUUCAACAAAAAAAUAAUUUUCAUGAUGAAAUUGUAGAUAAUUUUUCAAGUUUUAAAAUAAUUUUUCUUUCUUCUGGUCAUCUUAUUGAUAAGAGACUUUUUCACUAACCUAUUGCCCAAUACCUAUUUGAGGGAAAGGCGUAUACAUCUAAGUAAUGAAAACGUAUUUUAUCCUAAGUUAAAGACAAAAUACUUAUGUAAGUACGUUUUCAAAAUUUUUAAAACUACAAUCAAUUUUGGUUAUGAUUUUCAGUAGCAUAAUUAAAUUCCUAUUUCCAACAUAUCCUAGUAAAAAACUUAAAGAAUUAUGGCCUGUUUUUAAAAUUCUGAUUUUUCAAACACAAUUCAUAGGUAGUUUUAUCUCUGUUAAAUACACACCGUCAUCAAUUGCACUAAUAUUAUAAAUACAUAUUUUCAAAAUAGCAUGUAACCAACUUGAUCAUGGCAUCGCUGCCCUGUUCGGCCCGACCGACGAUUACUUGGCUUCUCACGUACACUCCAUGUGCGACAAUCUGAACUUGCCGCAUAUAGAAGCUAGACUUGAUUUGGAAACGGAUCCCAGAAGGCUAUCCAUUAACGUGUAUCCGGAUCAGAGUCUUUUGAACCAGGCUUACAGUGACGUGAUAUCGUUUUUGAACUGGACUAAAAUGGCGAUUAUUUACGAACAUGAUUACGGUAAUCUAUAGUAUAUAAUAUUUUUAUUAUAUUUUCCCUGGUAUAUUGACCAACUAUCAGCUUGAACAUCGUUAAAAAAGACUUAAAAUUGUACAUAAUUUUACCAUUGUUUAUACGAUCAUAAUAAUAUAUCAGUAACUGUUUUCGAUAAAUGCUCAUUUAUCAUAUUUGUAUUAUUGUAUUAUACAGGAUUAUUUUUUAUCAUGAACCAGCAAUUAUCUCAGAGGAUUUUAAGUGAAUUUGAUUUCUGUUUUUUCCAAUCAUUAUAGAAUCGCUUAAGCCCUAUUUUAAAACCAUUUUUUUAAUUUUUUACCCCUACUCCAUACACCUUAAAUAUUUGCAUACUUUUGAUUUUCAAAUAUAAACCGCCCCCCUUUUAAACACGAAUUUGAAUAGAAAAUAUUUUUCUAGUAAAUUUGAUAUACAUAACACUAAUAUCAGAUUUACCAUUUAUGAGUUAUAACAGUUUAAAAUUAUGGCCGGAGGAGUAGGGAAAGGUUAUAGAUAGGCAUUAUGUACACCAAAAUUUCCAAAAAAAUAUUCUUUAUUCAAAUCUGUGUAAAAAAAGGAGGAUUCCUAUUUGAAAAUCAAACGUAUGUACAUAUUUAAGUUUAUUAUAUUUCAUCAGUAUCAAAACUCGAAACAAAUUAUUUUUCAUUGUGAAAACAAUACUGAUCUCAUUUCUGACCUACGUAUAUUACAAAUGAUAUAGGCAACGCGCGUCAUUAAUGUUCAAUAAACAACAGACAAUUGACAUUAAAGUAUAUAAUGAUCGAAUGAGUAUUUGUUUUUUGUGAAUUUCAUAUGACCUAAUACGAUUUUUAUUAAACUAGAAAUCGGGACGCUGUUGCCUUUCGAUAGGACUUACGUAAAUUAUUAUUAUUAUUACUUGUAUUUCUUCAACUUUGAUAUUCAUGAAAUUACAAGUUUCAUAAGUCACGUACGGUAUAUACAUACCCUAUAGUUACAUUUUUUGUUUUUUUCUGGAGAUAAUUAUCAUUUUGACAUUAUAUAGGUGUAUAAUAAAUAUUUAUAUAUAUUAAAGAAAUAGUCAAGUAUUUUAGAGCAUUGGAAACUAUCACAAAUAUAAAAUCAGGCGCUGUUAAUAUUAAUUAUUAUUUGUUGAUUUUAGGCAAAAAUUAACAGUAUUUAUUUUUAAAAUAUAAACAAAUAUUGAGUGGUAAUUUUUUCUGAAACCUAUGUACGAUAUAUUUUAAACAGGAUUGAUUUUAAAAUUUUGAAAGAUGGCAUUUAAAAUAAACUACGUACGUCGUAAUUUUUUUUUGUUAUAAGAAAAUUAUAAAUGAAUCAGCACCGUGAAUCAUUUAUACGUGAAUCGUUUCUCUGGCGAACCACCACUGCAGGUCAUCGUAUUAUCUGUCCAAUUGUAUUAUUUGAUACAUUUAGUACCCGUAGUGCCAACCCCAAAUAGUCAAGAUGAAAUGCGUGUAAAAUAUUGGUUUGUGCACUUAAUGCAUUGUUCAGAGAUUUUUUUAUAUAUUUUUUUUUUUUUUUGAGAAUACACGAAAGACUACUUUAAUGAUUCUUACAAUGACCAUCUCUGAUAUUUUUGUAUUAUAGUUUUAACACGUAAUCCACAUUAUAAUAAAAGUGUUUUUUUUUUUUACGGUACAGGUGAAUUAUAUCAACCCUUAUUUUAUAAAUAAGGGUGUCUAAUAAAUAAAUAAAACCUAAUCUAAAAGAUCGAAACACGAAAAUUUAUAUAGAUUUUAUAGUAAAAUUAAAUGGCACGCGUACUUCUGAGUUUAUCAAAAACUGAGACGAUUUUCAUUAUAAUAUAAUUAAUAUAAGCUUUUUAACAAAAAAUAAUAACUCAGGCCGAGAAUCGACAAACAAACAACAAAUUCAAAAAUAUAAUGUCCUACAGUAACUUCUUUUUGUCUGAAAAACCUAUUUGUACGAAAUAACUUAUAUAUUGAAGAUAUUAUAGAUAUUAUAUGAAUUGUUCAUCAUACUUUACUACGCGAAUUUGCAUUGUUGUAAAACAAUAUAAAACGCUUGUACGGACGAAAAGGAGGCACAACAACUGCGUAAAUAAUAAUGCGUAACAUUAUUAUCGUUGGUUAUUGUUUGUUCUCAGAUUUGUAUAGAAUGAAAGAUUUCAUGAAAACAGUACCGGACAGAAAAACGGUAGACGUGUAUUUAAGAUACGCCACCCCCGAAACAUACAGAUCAGUGCUGAGCGAAAUCAAAAACAUGGAGAUUUAUAACAUGUUGGUCGAUACGAAAUCGGAACAUGUAAAUCAUUUCCUGAGAGGCGUAAGUUAAACCGUAUAUCAUUUAUCAUUCGCGCGUUUUCAUUGGUCUUACGUGUGUUUUGUUUUGUUUCGCGUAGAUAUUGCAGCUGCAAAUGAACGAUUACAAGUUUCAUUAUCUUUUUACGUCAUUCGUGAGUACCUACCGAGUUCUACCGAUAAAUUAAACGCGUUUCAUAUAAAUAACUUACGCUGAUGUACCGUCACUUUCGUCGCCGUAUUCUACGAAUCCGAUUAUACAGAGAAAUUUUUUUUUAACACGAACCAGCAAUUUUCUCGGAGGAUUUUAAGUGAAUUCGAUUUCUGUUAUUUUAUAAUUUUGGAAUCGUUUGAGCUUUAUUUUAAUCACAGAUACACAUAGAUAAUAUUUGUCUAGACAUUUAAACAUGCAUAUCACAAAUAUCAGAUUUACCGUUUGUGAGUUAUAACAGAGAAAAGUUUAAACCAGAGAAGUAGGAAGAAGUUACCAAUAUAUCAUUUAAAAAUAAAUAAAUAGAUAUUUAUUAUUAUAUAUCCCUACUCUUUCGCUCUAAACUUUAAAUUUGUAUAACUUAGAAAAAGUAAAUCUAAUAUUAGUGGUAUGCAUAUUAAAAUAUCUAGAAAAACAUUAUCUAUACUAAAAUAUUUUCAAAAAGAGAGACCCUAUUUGAUAAUCAAAAGUAUAUACUUAGGUACUUAUUUAAAGUACAUGGAGUACGGGUCAAAAAUUAAAAAUGGUUUUAAAAGCUUAAACGAUUUCACAAUGAUAAAAAAAUAAAAAACAGAAUUGAAUUCGUUUAAAAUCCUCCGAAAAAAUGACUGGUUCAUGAUAAAAGAAUCAUCCUGUAUAAAUAAUAAUUAUCCAUAUACCACCAUUGAAAAAUAAAAUAAUUUAUGCUAGGUUAAAGUUAAAAUUGUCCCAAAAAUGAAAAAAAAAAACACGAAAAUAUAUAAAAUUGUUUUACAUAAACCACAUUUACAAAUUCUAAAUUAUGUACAUAGGUAUCUAUGGAUACCUAUCCAUAGUUCAAUAUGUCUUAGGAAUUUAGUCCAUGUAAUUUUUUUUUUUUUCAAAAGUGAAUUAUCAUUCAACUCUUAAACAGAUGACCAGUAUUUAAAUAAAUUAUAAAUGUAGUAUUAUAACUUUACUGUAAUAUUGUAUGUGCUCGUAUGUUUACGCGUUCAUUUUUCUGACUUAUUAAUCUUGUUUGACUUACCUGACUAAUAUUUCAUAUGAUACUGUUAUCAUAGUCCUACACUAAUAGACGAGCUAUACACGCUUAUACCACGGUCAAACAUAGAGAGCGAUUUUUAAUGACUGAGGGACCCGUGUACGAUAGUAAAAUCACCGUGUUCUUAUCGUGUUAUUUUGUGUGUAAUAAAUUAUCAUACGCCUUUUAAGUUAUAAAUUAAUGUCAAUUUUAUUAAUUAUUAACAAUAAUAUCUUAAAUUAUUUUUAAUGAUAUAAAUGGAUUACAAUUUGUGUGGUUUGUUCCAGUAAUCGGAACUAAUCAACAUGUUAGAAGUUAUACGUGUAUGUUAAUUAUACAUAAUAUCAAAAAUGUAAAUACAUUAGAAAUAAAAAUAAAUCACAAGUCUGAACACAUAAAAAUACAAUAUUUUUUUAUAAAAUAAUAAUUUUACGGAGAGAUGCACAUAACGUCUCGUGUUUGACCGCAGCUAGUACGCUAUGUACGUGAGGCUCGUUUAUUACUACAAGGACUUUAAUUAUUUUGUACGACGUAUAUUGAAAGUAUAUGACGCUUAAUUGCCGUAAUCGUUAACGCCGUGUAACCGUAACGCAAUAAUUACGCUAAUAAAAAAUGGUUUCAGGACAUGGAAAUGUUCGACUUGGAAGAUUUCAAAUAUAAUUUCGUAAACUUGACUACGUUUAGAAUGGUAGACAUUGAAGAUGUCGGCGUCCGAGAGGUACUCAAACACAUGGAAAAAUAUUCGAGCGAAAAAAAUCAGUCAAUCAAUAAAUUUAUGUUAACACAGGUUGGUCGAUAAUAUUUAAAUAUGAAGAGUAGGCCACUCGAUAUAUACUAAAUGCUGUACUAAACUAUACAUUUUAAUAAUAUACCUAUACUAUAUAUAUAUAUCGUUGUUUUGAAUUCUAAGCAGAGCGAAGAGCCCAUUUGGUUUUAAAACGAUACGCUGUCAGUUUUAUUUUAUUUUUAUUUUCGGGAAAACAAUAUUUUUAGGACUGUGCAAUUAUUCAAAAACUUUCAUCAAACAACUUUUUAGACAGAUACAGUUGAACGCGUAAGAAACUUAAGAAUGGAAAUUGUUCGCGUGAUGCCCAAAAAAAAACUGACAAAGAAAUUCAAACGAGCGUACAAAUUUCAAUUCUAAGCUUUUCAUCUCAAUAUCGUUUUCGAACACAAUAACUUAUAGUUUAUGACUACUUUUAAUAUUCAAAAAAAAGACCAGUGGCCAUUUUUUUUUUUUUUUUUUUUUUUUUUUUUUAUAUAGUAUUUAGAUUAUGUCAGAUAUCUUUUUGAAUAUCUAAUAAAUAGUUAACAAUUUUGUUCUCAGUGCGAGCCGGCCCUUAUGUACGAUUCCGUGCAGGUAUUAGCAGUUGGAUUGGGUGCACUCCAGCAGAACGAAAGCAUAAUCGACCACCCAAAUAUUUCCUGUAAAAAUGAAGUGCCCUGGCAGAGUGGUUCCAGGCUGAUAAAAUACAUAAAUUCGGUAUGCUGUAUCCGAUAAGUUUGAAUCUGAUUUAGCAUUUGAAUAACGGCUCCUUUCCCGUGCACUGUUUAAAAAUUAAUUAUAUCGGCAAAAAUAAAAACAAAAUGUGCCAGUUAAAUUAAAAGCAUGAAUUAUAAGAGGACGAAUUUUAACACUCAAUAUUAUUUUACGAUAUUAUAUGUAUUUUGUUGUAAGUAACAAAAUAUUAAUUAAUGUCUCAAUGCAUUAUUGAUGUACAUGGUCCGGAUGAAUGAGAUAAAUGAACUAGACAAUACAUUUAUUCGUACAAACAUAAUUUGUUUAAUAUUUUAUACAGAAGAACAGCCGUCAAAAACGAAUUUGCAAAACAAGUUUUUAGUAAAAUAUUGUUUACAUGCAAAUUUUUUUUUUUUUUUUUGCUUCUUCUUAUCGUCGUAUUUAUGUUUCACAUUCUUAAGUUAAAUUAUAAUUUUCUCAAAGGGGUGUAGGUUUAUAGAUUUCGAGAUUUCCUACAUAUUCUAUUGCGUUUAUACACGUGUCACAUUUAAAUACAAAUACAAUUAAAUACUUUUGAAAAUAUAUCCAUUAAUCUGUCGAUUAUUAUUUUUAUAUUUACUUACAAAUAUAAUUGCAUUAAUUGCAUUAAAAAAACUCAAUUAAUUUAACGAAUUUCAAACAAACUAGUAUAUAUUUUAUAGUCAAUAUUCUAUAAAUCUAAAAACCUUAAGCUGGUAUAAUAAUUUCAUAAUAUUAGUCUCGAUCGACUGGCAAAAUAUAAAUUAGGUUCACUAUAGGUACCACAGUCCACUAUGCAAAUCAAUAAUAUACAUUAUAAAGUUUCUAUGCUCGGUUAAUUUGAUGCACACGUAUUACAUAUAACAUCGAUUCAUAACUUCAAACUAACUUUUAAUCAAAUAACAUUUAUUAAUAAACGCACGAUUACCCAUUCAAUCACUUUGUGGUUUCAUAACAAUAUAAAUAGAGAAGACAAUUCCGAAAUACUUUUACAAUCACGGAAUUUCGGGGUUUUUCGGAACCGAUUCCGGAAUCCCGGAAUUACAUUUCAAAUUUAUAACAGCGUAAAAAGAUAAAAAAAAAAAAAUGAUACAUGCAUUUUUUAAAUUAAUUUUUUAUUAUUAUUGUAAUAUAUCUAUAUAUUUUUUUUAUAUAUCAUUCUAAAAAUGUAAUAGUAUGUUUUACAGAAAAAAAAAUGUGAACAGUAAAUAUAAAAAAUAAAAACAGAAAAAUUCAGGGUCCCGAGAUUCUAUUCUCUAAAUAUAAUUCACUUACUAGUAUGUUAUUUUACGUCUUGUACUUCGGAACGAUCGAAAUGUUAUUUAUUAAAGAGAGUUAUAUACGUUUGCAAUAAUUUAUUUACUACUAUAUACAAUUCCGUGUGUGCACAAAUGAUACUUGGGUAUUUAUGCAACGUGCAACGGCCUAUUUAUAAUCUCAAAGUAAUAUCGAUGCACCGUUAAAUAGAUGGGAAGGCAAAAAUCGUUAUAUUGUGAUGUCCUUUUAAAUCUAUACUUCAAUGGUGUAUAUUUUAUUAGUAAUAACAGUUAAUUAUUAAAUAUCAUAAAAAAUAUUAUAGUCUAUUUGGUCUCCGUUUGAGGUUUGAAAACCGACAGAACAUUGUAACAUCUAUGAAACAUCCAUCUAAUUUUUGUACACGGACGCAUUACACUUAGGUAUAUUUAAUAAAUUCAGUUUUUAUAAAUUUAAAGCUACAAUUAGGUGGAUAUUAAAUUUUCACCUAGGCCACUCGAAUUUUGAAUCUAAAAAAUAUGUAAUGAUAACUCAUAGACAUCAAAUACUGUUAUUAUUAUACUUCAAUUGACGAUAUUGAUAAUGUUUGUAUUCUAAUUGUUUUAGAUUCGGAGCGGAGAAAUGGAUCUAUUGGUUUAACUUGCGGUUUUUUUGUAUAUUUUUUUUUUCUGUUUUAUUUUGUGUCUGUGAGUAACUAUGAAGUUGCACCUAUGAAGUGUAACAUCUUUUCUGAAACGAAUAGUUGAUGCAUUUGAGGAAGUUAUUUUUACUUUAAAAAACACAAUGAUCAAAUUUACAAUAUGAUUUCAUUAUUUUAAAUUUUUACGUGCGUUUUUUCUACCAGAAAUGUUGCUUUUAUAUUUUUUAUUUUCAAUUUUGUUUUUUUCAAAACAUGUUUAAAGACUUGAAAUUUCGACAGAAAACUAAUAUUUGCUUGACGUGGUAAAAUGUUCAAGACAUUUGAGCAAUUUUCGAACUAUUUAUAACCAUUUUUAUUUUACGAGGGUUUUACCUAAUUUUUAUUUAGUAGGUACUCUAUGGAUAAAUUGUUCGAAAGCUAAAAAAUUUAACCCUAAAACUUUAGAGGGUUCAUUAUAAGUUGUGCUUAUUGGUAAACAAAAACUUAUAUUACGGCCUUUCAGAACAUGUAUAACCGAACUGAGCUCCUAAUCAUUUUUCGUAAGCAAUGGUUUAUCGUUAAUUACAUAUAAAAAUUUCAGAACUUUAUGUAUCCAUUUGGUGAGUUGUGUAUUAUUUAUUCUUUAAAACGAUUAUCAAUAUUUUUUAAUAUAUUCAUAAACGUAUUAAAAAAAAAAUAAUACUCAACUCACCAAAUAAUGUUGUUAACUACUAUAACAUAAAAUAUCAAAGUAAUAUUUCUAAGAAAUUUGCUAAAAUUCUGAACAAUAAAAAGAACAUAUUUUUGAAAUAAAAUUUAAAAAAGACUGUCCAUAAUUAAAAUUUUGCUAAACAUGUUUUAGAAAAUAACCAUAAUAUAUGGUUUCAUAUAAAUACAGACUUAGAGAUAUUAAAUACCCAAAAAUAACAUUUACAUUUAUUUAGUUUUAGAAGAAUUAUAUAUUAUAAUAUUUUACAUAUUAUAUUUUUUAAUAUAUAUUAUAAUAUAAUAUUUUAAAUUUACAAACCUAUUUUAAAAAUAAUAUCUUAUAACAAUACAUUUUAGAUAAUAAAUAAUAACCAAAUAAUUUAUACUUCUUAACAUAUCUAUGUCUAAUUAUAACAAAUUUUAAAUAAUCUCUCCUAUUAAAAUAAAUUAUUUCUAUGUAAAACGACCAUUUUAUAAUUUUUUUUUUUUUAUGUAUUCCUUUAUUUAAUUUUUUAUUCAAUCGCGUUUUACAUUUUGACUGUGAUAUACCUGAUGAUGAAUUUUUAAUUCAAAACCGGUCCCAUAAUACACUUAUCAUAAUACUCCAGGUGACGCAUUCAUUCAUUUAUUUAUUUUUUAUAUAUACAUUUAUUUACUAUAAUUACCUAAGCGUUGUAUGCGUAGUGUUGCUCUAGUGACAUCUAUGUCUGCCCAAAAAUGUAACCUCUCAUUUCUUUAAUUUAAUUGACUUUAAAACGUUCAAGACAAUACAUUUUGCACCCAAGGACUCGUAUAAAACGUAUAUUAUGAAUAACAUUUUUACGUUCCUAUAAUAUUUUACGUAGCGAAACGAUCGAACACAAUUCUUCAUUCGCCUUGUGAAAUCGGAAUAACUGAAAAUUUUAAUUAUUAUUACAUAAUAUAAAGAACAAAUCUAUUUUGAACGAUAAUGAAUAAAAAAAAUUUAGGUGGAAAUUAAAGGACUCACCGGUCCUAUACAGUUCAAAAGGGGUCGACGAACCGACUUUAAAUUAGAUUUAAUGAAACUCAAACAGCACACUUUGGCAAAAGUCGGUGAAUGGACGCCGGGGAUCGGUGUAAACAUCACAGAUAUGUCGGCUUUUCACGACACGGCGCCCUACAAUAUUACAUUAGUUGUCGUAACAAUUGUUGUAAGUAAAUGUAUAUUAAUGCUAAUUGUUAUUCAAACUUUAUUAUGACACAUAAUUUAUUAUUAGUUAUUAAUUAGAUCGGAUUUUAUAGAGUCUAUAACGAUUGAAAAAAGAAAAACCGAAAUCAAAUUAACUCGAACUCUUUUUUAGAUAAUCGACUAUCAUGGUAAAAAAAAACCAUCCUGUAUUUUCGGUACAUACACUAUAUUAAUACAAUAUUCGGAAACGCGCAACAGAGAAAAUAUUACGUACCUAUUAUACACUUAUUGCUAUAUGACUUAUUACAAUAUGACUACAAGUUUCAAUUUAAAACUAAUUUUUUCUGAAAAGAAAUCGGUACCUAUCCAAUCAUUUUGUCGUAAAAGAAAUAUAACAAAAUGAUUACAACUAAAAUCCAAUAUUCGGUAUUUUUUUACCUACAAACGGCUAAACAUAAAAAUAUUCGACUCUCCAUUUUAUAUUCGUAUUAUAUGACUUACGUUACGUGGCAUUUAUUUCGUGGAAAUGUAAUCAAUGUGCACUACCAAGCGAAGUUGAAUUUAUUUUUUCAAUUUUAACGUGAAUUUUCGGAAAAAGUCAUUAUUAUAUUUUUCAAACCAUACUACAAAAUGGAAAUACUGAUAUAUGAGAUAAUUGAAUGAAAGCUCUUAAUGUAAUCUGUAAUUCAAGCUCAGAAAUCUACGAGUAUUAAUUUAAACGUAAAUUGAUUUCCAGCAUUGUCUCAAAGUGCCUAUUACCUAUCGAAAAAUAAAUACUAAUAAUUUUCGUUUAACUAUAUGCGUAUAUACAAAGCGUAUCAUCCGUAUAAAUCAUGUGACCUGCUGCAUUCGCAUUCUAAUCUGUUUGAAAUAGGUGAUAUAAUAAUAAUGUAGGUUACAGAUUAAGUAUAGAAAACCUUGUAAAUGUUAAAUGUUAAAUUUUAAAUGAUAUUUUUUUAGGAAUUCCCAUACGUUAUGAUGCAUCUGGGCAAAAACUAUACCGGCAAUGCGAGAUUUUACGGUUUUUGUGUCGAUCUAUUAGAAAUGAUCGCAAAACAAGUUGGGUUCGAUUAUAUUCUGGAUUUGGUGCCGGACAAAAAGUAUGGUGCUCAAGACCCGGUUACGUUAGAAUGGAACGGUAUAGUUGAACAGCUUAUAAAACAUGUGAGUAUUUAAUUUAAACAUUUUUUAAAAAUUAUUUUUCGCAAGUCUCUAAGAUUUUAUAUCAUCUAGUGAACGUAUGCAUCUAUCGCUGUCUAGGGAAUCGUCCAAUUAAAUUCUCUACAAUUACACAUUUUAUUCUGAAUAGCCCCAUACAUAGAUCCUUAAACUCCUGUAACGGUUUAAAAAAAAUUUGAUAUUUUUUUUACCGAUAGUUUCUCUAAAUUAAAAAAAAUUUACUCUUAAGGAAACUAAGUAUUCAAUUAAUCAAGCUAAUAUUUUUUAUAUAACAAAUAUGACGUGUACCUCUACACAUUUUGUUUUUAUUAAUCUCUGUAUUGUACUAUUGUCUCACCGCGUGCGAAAAAUUAUUUCAGAAAUAAAUAAUUACGUGUUAAUAGUUGCAAGAAUGGCGGCCACUGCAGAUAGAAUAGUUAACUUUUCCAGUAUCUCUGAAAUGUAUAGAUACGGAUGGCGGACAACGUUAUGAUUAUUAUUUAAACGAAAUGGAAUUUAAAGAAAUAAAAAACACUUCAGACGUAUUUCACAAAUGUUUCGGAUUUUUGAAGUAUCGAAAGCAACGAUAAUUCAUUUUAUUCGAAAAACAAUUGCGCGAACCAGAGUUCAGUAUAACAUUAGGUUUUUGUUUUCGAUAGUUUUUUUUACGAUAACUAUUGAUAAUAUAGAAAAAUGACCUCACAUUAAUAUGAGUACCAUUCCAGUUUAGAUAAGUAUGGAUUGAUUUACUGAAUGAAACUUAGUCGACAUUUCGAUGUGAAAUUAAUUUGUUUUGGUAUUUCACAAUCGAAAUAAUACGUAUACCGAUAACUUCCGAUAACUUGAGAUUCAUCAAUAGUAUUUUAUUAAUCAGUUUAUAUUAUAACUUAAAUUUAGUAAAUAUAAAUAAAAUAAAUAAUUUUCACCAUCUGGUUACAAUAUUCAGCUUAUUCAUCAUAUAUUUGAAAAUCAACUUCAACAUUUAACAUGUUAUUAAUUAAUUUGUUUGUAUCUACUUGGUUUUUUUUUUUUUUUUGUGUUCAGAGGAGAAAACAAACAUCUACCGAUGAAAAAUUAAUAAUUUAUUUUAAACACGUCAAUUAAUAUUUGUAAUCAAUAAGGUAAUAUUAAUUAUUUUUUAUUGUUUGUUUAAACAUUUUUUUUUAUUUUCUGAAGUACACUUUACUUGUUUAGUUAUUUAAAAUACCUGAACUAUGACCUGAUAUUAAAAUGUAUUAUAUACGUCAUUCGAAACGAAUUAUCGAUUGAUUAACAUUAUAGUUUUAAUGUAUUUAAUUAAAUACUCGUAUAUAAACAAUCAUUAUUUUAAACGAAAUAGUAUUAAUUAAGUUGAUAAUAUUUUUUAUGCAGAAAGCAGAUUUAGCUGUUGGAUCAAUGACUAUCAACUAUGCCAGAGAAAGCGUCAUUGAUUUUACUAAGCCGUUUAUGAAUUUGGGAAUCAGUAUAAUGUAUAAGGUGCUCGUAAUCAUGUGUUUUCAAUAUUAUAGGAUAAGUUUAACCAAAAUGAUGGUAGAUAUUUUAAUAAUAGAGUUUUAAUUUUAGUGAAAUGAUUUGGAACAGUUAUUUUAUAUAUUAAUGAUAAUAAUAGAAUAGAGCUGAUACUGGGAACGGGUGCGGCCACUGUUGUAGGUGAGAAGUUGGGAAGGUAGAAUACAUAAAGUUAUUUCAUUUAUAUCUGUAAGCAACGGUUUGUCCAUUGCUAACGAAAGAAGAUUCCGAGUACAGUUCGGUGAUACAUAAUUUAUAGUGCCGUAAUUUUUUUUAACCUAUCAAUCUGAUAAUUAUCUGCAUCAUUAAAAACAAGAUUAAAAAUUCAACAAAAAAUGUCACUUGUCGUUUUUCAAUUCGAGUCAUAUUUGUGCAAGAAAACGUGGUAGGUACUUAUUUAAAAUAACGGAAUCGUGAAAAAGUCGUAUUUUUUUCCCGGUUAAUCGUUUUUAUUUUAAAUACCGUUUCAAAAAUCAAAAAAUGACCAGGUAAAAUUUUCUAAGUAAAUGAAAUUAACUUUCAGAAAAGAGACUACAUUUGUACAUCGGAGAGGAUUUUCUAGGAUAAAAUUGGUCUACAGUAUAUAAAAAAAAAAAUAAAGUACCAUUGCAAAAAAAUUUAAAAAAGGAAAAAUUGGUUCGAUGAUAUUGGAAAUUUUACCACGUCUAGGAAAGUCCAAUAAAAGUAUUAUUAUCAAUUUUCAACUCUCUACAUGUAUUUAUAACCGAAUUACAUCAGAAAAACUCCCAAAAACCAAAAUUCCUUAAAAGCUCAAAAUUGGCUCAAAAGUUUUGGAGAUGAUGCCGUAAAGAAAAUAAAUCAAAAAGGCAACAAAACAGGUACCUUGUAAUUUUUCGAUUAAAUAAUUUUUCCUGGUAGAAAACGUCGUCCAUGUUUUUAUAAAAUAAUGAAAUCGUGAAAAUGUACGUUUUUCUACGUUUUUUCCCCACUUAUAUGUUUUUAUUUAAAAUAUUGAAUCGAAAAUCAAAAAAUAACCCGUUUAAUGUACAAUUCAAACAACUUAAGAUUUCAGAAAAGGUGCUACACGUAAAGAUCGGAGCAAGUUUACUAGGAAAAAACGUGUUCACAGACUAGUACAAAAGAAAAAUAAACAGCAUUGUAAAAUCAAUAGCUGCCUCGCUUCGCUCGGAAUCUUAAAUAAUAAUAAUGAUAUGAUAAUUUAUUGUAUUUAGAUGAAAAACAUAAUAUAAAAAAGGCCAAGGCCUGUGGAAGAGACAAUAGUUCUAGCCAACAUUAUUAAAAUAAAUACUAAUGCAUGUAAAUGUUACGGUUAAAGUUAUUAAAAAGCUAUUGUGUUAAUUGUAAAAUCGUUUAUUGUCGUUAUAUUUAUACUUUACCGAUUUUGUGCUGUAGUUUUAAUAUUAAAAUGUAUUGGCAGAGUUUAUUUAGUUAACACAAAGGUAGAAUAUUGUUUAUAUUUGUACAUUGAUUAUUUUCGACUUGUUAAUUUUUAAUUUCAAUUCGACGAUUUUGAAAUUGUAAUAUUCCACGUAUUCGUAAUUGGUUUAAAAAUUAAAAUAUCGAAAAAAAACUAACGUAAUUAACUAACAAAAACAAAAAAUGUUCUCAUCUUAAAGUUCGAUAAUAGACUAAUACACUAAAAUAUUAAAACUAAUAGCACAAGUCGGUUUCAUAUUCAAAAAGUACAAAUUUAGUAACAUUAACAGUAACAUAUACAUUAACAACAUUAAUUUAAAUUAAAUUAAUACAAAUCAAAAAUAACGAAAAUAAAUAUACUCGUGUAUUACAAAAAACAAAAAAAAAUGGAAAGAUAGAGAAUAAAACAAAAAGUGCAACAAGUUGUACAGGUACCUACGCAUCGAUAUCAUCACAUGGACAUUCUUAACUUACACUUAACAUGUUUUUUGUAGGGAUCAUAACAUGUAAAAGAUUUUGUAUUAUAUACAAAAAAUAAUAGUUAAAUUAACUGAAUCUCUUUUUUCGAAUUCAGUAUUAUAUUUUAGAUUCUGAGCGGAACGAGGAAUUAGUUCUAUGAUGUUUUUAUUUUUUUUCUGUGAACAACUUUUCUCCCAAAAAUUUUGCUCCAAUUUUAGAGUGUAGCAAUUUACAUGAAAAGAAAUCUGACCUCCAUAAAACUUUAGACAGGCUAUUUUUGUGAUUAUCGCAGGGGUUUUUAUAAUAAAUAGAAAAAACCGUAAGAAAAACGGGAAAGUUUGCGAAAUUUAUUAUUUUCAAAUUGUAAAUGUUACGACCUUUCAAAAUAUGUGUAAUCGAACUCUGCUCAGAAUCAUUUUUCGUUGCAUACAUAUACACAUUAAAUUUCCUCUCUACCUUUCCAACUUUUCACCUACAACAGUGACCCAACCGUCGUGCGAAGUAUGUAUUUUUGUUUUUUAAAUUAAAAUACAUUAUUAACUAUUUGGCGAGUAUCAUAAGUGUAGCUGAAACUAAUGCUUUCAAAAUUGAAAAAAAAUCAAGAUAAUUAUUACAUCUUUAGUGUGUGAUUUUUUGAAAUUUAAAAUAUUAUAACAAGUACUUAAUAGUAAUUCGAUACUAGAAUUAAAGGGUUUCCUAAAUACUAUCCUUAACAAAGAAUUUAUUGUAGUUCUAAGUAGUCUCAAAUAGUACUCAAAAGUACCAACUCAGACCCAAAUUCCAUAAGUAUAUGGAUGUAUGUAAUUAUAAGUACAUACUGAUUACGGAAUACCACAAAAAACCAUUUUCAUUGUAUUUGGUAUUACUAUAAACUUAAUAGCUAACACAAUAAUAAUUUAUUCACAUGUUUAAUAUACAAACUUCUUAUUUAUCAACCUACUUGGUAGACGGACCAUUACUUAUGCGAUCGAAUUCGACACCUCAUUAGUCAUUAUAAUAUUCUAACGCGUUAUAUCUAAUGAAAAUAAUAAAACGUGGAAAAACUUCAAAAAUCUAACCCAUAUUUUUUAUAAGUAUUAAUUAAUACAAAGUAUUAUUAUUAGUAUUAUUAAUACAAAAUUUAAAAAAAAAAACCUAAUUCCAAUUUAAAAAAACUUUGUAUGAAUAUAAUACCUUUGUUAUUAUUCAAAUAACGCCAUACAAUAUAAUGCUUACAUAUUGAAAAUAUUUUAAAUAAUGUAAAAUCUACCUAAAAUAUUAAUAUUUUGUAAAAUAUACAAAUAAAUAAAAUAGAAAUUUUAUAUUUGAUUAAAGAUUCAACAUAACAAUAAUAUUAUCGAAUAGAAUGUUUUCUUUUGUUUCCUUUUGUUUUAACCUCUGCUUAACGAAUAUAUAUUAUGAAGUUCCAGCUAAAAAAGUUAUGUUGAUUACAACUGUUCCCUAGUUAAUUUUUAUAAUCUUAAUAGUAAAAUCUUUUAUGUAAAUUGUUAAAGUUUUAUCUUUUAAAAUAGACUGUUCCAAAACGUUAUAUUAUUUGCCACUCCUAAUCAAAAAACUUAUACCAUUUAUUUUUAAGACCGUUAAAUAAAAAUGUCAUUCUAGUAAAAUGUAAAAGUUGAUUUGUCUUCGGACCGAUCUUUAGUAACUGAUAUGUUAUGCAAAAUAUUCGAACUAUUAUAUUUUUUUUAUUUUACAAUAAAUAGGUUCCCAGCAACCAGCCGGCUCAAUUUUUUUCGUUUAUGAACCCCCUGUCCCUGGAGAUAUGGAUUUACUGGUUGGUCGCAUAUGUGGUCGUGUCCGUCACGCUAUAUGUCGUGGCUAAAUUUUCACCGUACGAAUGGGAGGAUGAAAAUCCCGGAAAAUUGUUGAAGAACCCCGGUCAACAAACAGUCAGCCCACAACACCUCAAUAGAUUUACGUUGUCCAAUAGUUUUUGGUUCACGAUUGGGUCGCUUAUGCAACAAGGGUCAGACAUCAGUCCAAAAGUAUGCAAUUUUGACUAAAUUAAAAUUUGAAAAAUAAUUUAAAUUCAAUCGAUUUGCCUAUUCUGAUUUUAUUGAUGUCCUCAAUACUUGGCAUGCUUCUUUACUAUUGGUCUUCCUCUCUAAUUUUUUCCAUCAUAUAUCAUUUCUUCCAGAAUUAGUCCAUCCAAACCAUCCAUUCCUGAAAAAAUAUCCAAGUCAUUCGUUUCUCAAUAUUUUUUAAUAUUAUUUUUUCAUUGUAAUAUAGCGAUCGUAUCAGAUCAACUAAUCUCCUACGUUUCGCUACCCUUACAUCGAUUACUAUUAAAACCUGAUUAUUUUACAAGCGGCUCAUUUUUCGGUGCCUUUAUAGUAAAAUGUCUUACAACGAAAAAAAUUUCUGUAGUUUAUACUAUUACAGUCAUGUUAAAUUAUUAAUGUAUACGAUGUAUUUAUUUUCAUAGGCCUUUUCCACAAAAAUAAUUGGAUGUGUUUGGUGGUCCUUUACACUGAUCAUCGUAUCCUCAUAUACGGCAAAUUUAGCUGCAUUUUUAACAGUCGAAAGAAUGGUAAACCCAAUUGAAAAUGCUGAGGACCUUGCCGCACAAACGAGUAUAGCUUAUGGUACAUUGGAUAGUGGAACCACCAUGACAUUUUUUAGAGUGUGUAACGUUUUAAAUACUAAUAAUAACUAUCGAAAUUAAUAUUCAUUGAAAACAAUUAAUAUUUAAUACAAAUUACAAACAAAACAACCGGAAAUUUUAUGUACUAUUAUAUAAGUUACAUUGGCCGAUUUUGUGAAGUCAUACGAUAUACAUAGCUCUCGUUCCGGCUUAGUUUAAUCAUGGUGUGUUUUUAAGAAAGAAAUCGGUUUUUUGAAGGACUCCAUGAUCGAAACGUAUAAGAAAAUGUGGGCGUACAUGCAAAAGAAGAAACCGUCGGUGUUUGUGACGUCGUAUGACGAGGGCAUCAAGAGGGUACUACAGGGUAACUACGCGUUUCUAAUGGAGUCUACGAUGCUUGAUUACUCGGUUCAGAGGAAUUGCAAUCUAACCCAAAUAAACGGGCUGUUGGAUUCCAAGGGAUACGGAAUCGCCACGCCCAUGGGUAAGUUUUAUUGGUUGAGUUUAUGCGUAGGUAUUCAUAACAUAUUUAUGUAUCCAUUUUUAUUUCAGGGUCUCCGUGGAAAGAUCAGAUAUCUUUGGCAAUUUUAGACUUACAGGAGAAGGGUGAAAUACAAAUGCUAUACAACAAAUGGUGGAAACCACCAAACGACAUGUGUGUGCCCGAGGAGUCUGGAGCGACAGCUGCGAAAACCAACACCCUGGAUUUCAAAAAUAUAUGUAAAUAUGUUUUUAAUUUUGUUAAAAAUACGUUUAAAAUUCUGUAUACUAAAACGUAUUAUUCUGUAUGAUAGUAUAUACGGGUUUUUUUUUUAGGUGGAGUUUUCGCUGUUCUUUUAGCGGGACUUAUAGUAUCGAUUAUGGUGUCCAUCUACGAGUUCUACUACUACAGGAAACAGAUUAAACAUAUCGAACGGGUAACUAUGGUAUUUACUAUUAAACUGUGUAAUUUGACUGCAGCUAUAACGAAUUUAUAAGAUCAAAGAUGCCAUAUACGUGGGUACCCUGGGGCUCAAGCACCCGUCAUUUUAUUUUAAGAGCACCCAUCAGAUAUUAGACCUGACGAUUAAGGAUAUGGGUAUAAUAUUACAGUUUUAAAAUUCUUGACAAAAUUUGAUAAAAACCAAAAAAUCUUAAGCUGAUAAGAAACUUUGAAUGUUUAUCAGUUAUCGAUACCAUUACGAUUGUAAUAAUGAUAAUUAUAUCUUGAAAUUUUGAUUUUUUUUUUUUUUCUUUUACAAAAUGUCGUAUAAUAUAUAUAUGAUUUAAAAUUAAUGUUUCAAAACAUAGUAAACAAUGAGUAGUUAUAUCUACUUGUAAGUGGAACAUACAGGUGCAUUAUUAACAUGCCACGCGCCAUGUCGCCAUACAAAUGAUGUUCCACUAUUCUCCCCCAAACCAAACUUAAAAGUAAAAUAUCUCGUCAACGGAUUAACGUAAAUCAAAAAUGUCAACACCGAAAUUUAUUUUAACUAAUACUCCAUAUAUAUAUAUAUGGAAAUUUCAAUAUAGGUUGCAAUGUCAAAAUCAAAUGUAGGUAGUGGUCGGUUUUACCCCGAAAAUAAGGGUAACAAAAAAUAACUUAAAUAUAAAAUUGUAAAGCAGCUUGUUUUUUAAAUAUUAUAUAAAGCAAAUUCCGAAAAAAAGUUAAUGCAUUUCGAGAUAAUGAGUGUACCCGUUUGGAGCACCCUGUACAAUGUUUUUUCAGUGGUAGGAAAGGUGCUAGAGUUUAUGACACCUGGGGCUGGGUCGCCCGGUACAUUUUUAAAAACCUAGUGAUGGCUACACAAACUGUUACAGCAUACUACGUAUAAUAAUAAUUGUUUCUCGAAAACCCAUCAUGUGAAUUUCACGGUCUAAUCAAAUUAUAUACCUAUUAUAUGCAAAACUAAUUCGCUUUUAAAAAUACUGUACUCCUUACUUUCAAUUAAUGCAUAACUGCAUGAGGACAACCAACUGAAAUAAUAAUAGUAAAAUAUUUCCGCAGGUCUAUAUAAACCGCUGUAGUUAUUAAAUGUCUUGUUUUCCACCCGAAUAAUAAUGAGGUGGUGGUAAUAGUGAUCAAAUAAAGUAGACCGACACGAGACGAAAGAUCAAACAAGAAAACAAUUAUAUUACUUGUUUCAUUACUAAUACGUCCCCCCGUGUUUGUUGAAAAACGGCAUUUCUCAGAUGCAUCACGUAUUUGAUUUAAGUUUGCUGAACUAUAUCGGACGAAAACGGUAUAAUACAAAAAUGUAUAAUCAUAACUCGUAGCGCUGAUCGAGAUCAUAAUAUAAUGAUAGGAUGAGGAAGACCGUUUAUUAAUAAUUUCGACCACGAAUAGCCGAACAAUAAAAAAGAAUAAGCCUUCUAGACCUUUAGCCAAAAGCGUCUCGUGUCGUGAUUACGUACCGCCGUAACGGCGGAAAAGAAUAUUUGAACGGAAAUUGCAAAACAUCGAAGACGGUGUUAAAACGGACAAAUAGACGACUACAACUAUUCUUAUCCCUUCGCCGUAAGUAAGUAAGUUAGUAAGUAAAUAUAGGUAGGUAGGUAGGUAGGUAGGUAGAUAGAUAUAUAGGUAGGAGGUAGGUAUAGAUACAUGAUGUGCGCAUAAAUAUAUUACAAUAUUUCCCAGUAACUGCUAUACAAAAGUUAUAUUUCAAAAACUCGAGGCGGAACAAUGCGUCGGUAUAAUGAGAUUCUAAUGCGCUCGUGUUUAUCUAAAUUAUACCGAAAACGACAUCACAUAAUGUGUCUGAAAAGGGAAUACAUUAUAUUUAACGCGAACGGGUGUGUAUAUAUUUACGCGGAUAUUAUUAUUUACUGUACCGCAGGUAUAGCGAGUGUAUCUGACUGCGCGCGUAUAAACACACAAACGUGUUCGGAUUUAAAUGUAAACGCUAUUUUAUCAAGUGUAUGAUAGGUACCUAUAUCUGUCCAGUGCCUAGUAAUUUGUGUUUGCGUACUGCUUGCGCGAGUCUUAGACGGUGCACAAAAAUCUGUCAUUCCGCCGCACAGCGGCGCGGCGAACUCGAAAUUACCGAAAGGCAGACAUACGGUUUAACUGACGACCCGACUCGUUUAAAACGAACAGUCACUUAAUUCCAUAGACCGGAUAAAAAAAAAAACCGCGGAAAAAUGUACAUAAAUGUUUUACGUUUGUCCGGUGAAUAUUCCGAACUCGCUUCUCAAUGAAAACUAUUACGUGCAGUGUAUCGUAUUGUACGCGCAUCAAGUGACGUGUAUUUUCUCUUUCUGCGUGUUUAUUUAUAACCAUUAUUUAAUCAACCGUGCGUCGUUCUUAACGUGUUACCGUGAUCACGUGGUGUAAUAUUUUAUCAUAUUUAUUGUCCAGAAAAAAAAAAAAAAAAAGACUUUGGCAGUGAAAUAUUUUAAUCAUCAACGAUUAGUUCGGUACCAAUCGGGUGGUUUGUUUUUUCGUACCAUUCUCUCGUUCGUUUAAUAAUAUUGUAUACAAGUCGCCGUCACGUGGUCGUCCCGAAUCCCAAUUGAAUCUUUGUACAGAUUUACGAUCAAUGAAACAUGAUACCUACCAUACAGUUUUAAAUAAAAACUGGCUAGGUACGUUUACGCGUUGUUUUUAUUUUUAUUUUCUAUACUUAGUACGAUUUAUUAUAAUUUUUAAUCAAAGUAAAUAUUAUGUUAUGCACAUUAUCGUAAGCAGACGAUAAAUAUAUUAUAAUACAAAUUUAUCGCACUGCUAUAAGAAUAACGGUUUGUUAAAAAUGCAGUAUUUGUUUUGUGCUGUUAACUUUUGGUUUGCCUUUGGGAUAUUUUUUGCAUUAUUGGAUUACAUCAUCUGUUGUAUAAGCCGAUUACAACCCAGGACUGUUAUUUACCUACUUAUAAUAAUAUAAUACGACUACAGCCUUUUUUUGUGUUUUGUUUUUUUCCUAUCAAAUAUGGCAACAGCGAAUAGGACCACAGAGGUCCACGUGGAGGGAUUUGAUCGACGAGCUGUGGUUCGUUUUGAAAUGCCGUGGGUCCAGACAGCGAACCGUGGUGUUACACAGAUGCGAGGAAUGCCAUCCAAAGGCCAAAGUGAGUGACGUAAUUUAUGUGUACUACUACCAUCUACAACCGAUCGUGCAUAUCGCGAUAAAAACCUAUCUACGUUUUGUAAUGAUAUUAUAAUACAUAUCCGUCUCGGUAUAUUUUUUUUUAUUUUUUUUUUUUUUUUAUCGUUCAGACGACGGAACGGCGUUCAAGGAGAGAUUUCAUGAGAGCCAACAGAUUGUAAGAAAUCAAUGAUUGGAAGAUUAUAAUAAUAUACUGCACUGCGUACCUACGUACAUAAUGUUAUUAUGUAGGCCAUGUGUCGCGUAAAUUACGGCGUUAGCGUAAAAAAAAUAGUUUUGCACACUGAUGGUAACGAUUUUACUCAUUAUAAUUUUAUUGCUAUAAUAUUGUAUAAAACCGUGAUCCGAGUACUUUUAGACAUAUCUGUACUUUAAUAACACAGUCAGUGGAAAAUAAGUUUACCGUAUCUAUACGCGCUUUAUACGUGAAUGGGACCUAAAUAAUUAGUAGUUUGUGUUUAAUUUUUUAUUUGUUAAACAUAUUUGAGAAUGUAUGAAACGAUGUUUUAGAAAUUAAAACAAAUAUAUUUAUAGGCUGAAAACUCGUUUAAAGUGUAAUGUGUUUUAUAGUGUUGCUUAAUAAUAAUAAUGUUAAUGGCAUGUAGAACGUUUUUCUUUUUUUCGUAGCCCGGCAAUUUCCCAUACCUAAUCACUACCACCUCCCGUUCUCUUAUGAACAAAUCAGUAAUAAAGUGUUACUAACUAUUACUUCAAACAGUUCAAACCCGUUGUUCUAUACCCAAUGGCUGUUUCAACAAUAACAAUACGUUUUUUUUUUUUUUUUUUUUUAAUACUGUUAUAAACGACUUAAUUUCAAACGAAAUAAUUUAUUCUUCAACCAAUCAUUCGAAUCAUUAGUCUACAAAAAAAUCAAAAAACGAACGCUGCAUACUAGCUGUCUCGCGCGAGGCGGUGCCCGUGCUAAUUUUUAUUGUUAUUAUUUUACUACGAUUCCGUGUAAUGUGUGGGUACAACUUUGAAACCUACACAAACAAAACACUUAAACGAUUUCCCGUAUUAUUAUUAUUAUUAUUAUUAUUAUUAUUUAUAAUAACUAAAGAAAACCUUAAUAAAAUCAUAUUUACUCGAGACGUUCAUAGAUAAUGAUCGAAAUAUUACCCCGUGUUAUCCGGCUCGGCGAGUUCAAACGGUUGGCCUCAAAGGAAUUACGGUGAACGCCGUAGGGUCUAAUAAAAUCGGGCCCCUUUAUCCUGCACCGUAGGCGCGAUUCCGCGCACGCCGAUAAUAACCGUUAAUACAUACGUACGCGUACGCGCUUAUGUAUUGCGUAUACCGUACGUAAAACAUACGUUACAAAAUAUACAGGUAACGGGAAACGGUGGGCGUGAACAAUGCAAGUACAGUUACUGUGGGACCGGCGUCGGUAAUACGUCGUCACCGUGUGCACUAACGGUGCACGCCGACGUACUCGGUAGGACCCGAUCGGAAAAUCCCCGUACGCCGUACGGCCGAGCACUUUUUACAUUUUUUAAGUACAUUUUUUUGCACGGCCGGGCCGUACACACGAAACGGAACGACGCAAUAGCCGUCCGUCCGUUCGUGUAUAGCGCCCGCGCAAUUGAGCGAGAAACCGCGCGCAACGUUGCCAUAUUCCGGCGGCGAAUCUGGUAUUGCACAAUGUAUCAUUCGAAUCUAAACGGCGGAUUUGACGUCGAACAACAGUGGGUUAUCGUAGAACUCGAAGUUCAGCUUGCCGUGGCCAUACAGCGAUAACGCUUGUAUUAUAAUAUUGUCGCUAUUAUAAGGGUAUAUUCAGAAAUAUAAAUUAUAAAAACUGAGCGCGCUCGAUUGUAACAGAGAAAAAGUGUCCGCGAUAAGGACCGUUCUCGGACGCGGUUCGACCAGGACUUGCGCGCGCACUCAAUAACAGUCGUGUACCGUACGGUACAACCGCGACAUAUUCGGGCGCUGUGCGGCCGCGUGCUAAUUAUGCGCCACACCGCUUUCCUCCGGCGUAAAUUCAAAAGUGCACUAUCUCGUCGACGGCCCGACGGAAAUAGAAAAUGUCAACACUCGAGUUUACCCUGACCAAUAACCCGUAUGUUUAUGGAAUUUUCAAUCACGGGUCGCCGUUUGAAAAUCAAAAGUAGGUAGUGGUUUUACCGCCGAUAAUAAGGCUAACGAAAAACAACUUAAUCAUGAACAUUUUUAGAGCAGCUUGUUUAUUAGAUGCUCUAAACUAAACUAAUUCCGAAAAAAGUUAAUACUUUCCGAGAUAACGAGUGUACCCGCUUAAAUGAAUCACCCGGCACGUGCAGUUACAAAUACAACGGUUUAAUACACGUGUACGGGUAUUUUAAAUACCCGGAGGAAAUCGCAAACCCCGGUUUCAACGAACAACGUUAAUAGAUAAUAUUAAAAAAGUGACAAAUUAAAAUAUAAUAAUAUUUUAAACCAAAUGUUGUAAUACUACGAUCGUAAAAAUCAUCGCGGUCUACGCUUAGAGGUUAUAAUUAUAACAUAUCAUUAAACGUUUUAAUAUUUACGUGUUAUAAUUAACGAUUCAACAUAUUGUCCUUUGAAGCUUUGACAAAAUACUCAUAAAAAAAUAUGAUUUUAUCAAAAUCGACGCAAAUGUAUACAUACACACCGGAGGGGAGAGGAGCUUUAUCCUCCCGUAUCCAUGAAUGAAAUUGUGUGUAUCCACCCACAAAAAAUUAAUUUAAUUAAUUUAAAUUCACAAAAAAAAAAAAUGCUGAAUACGCUACUGACGGAGACUUAAAAAAUGCAGAAGUGUCAUAAAUCCCGAUUACAUUUUAUUGAUACAAUAUAAUAAUGAAUAUAAUUCAAUAUAAUUUCAAACGCAUUGAAACAGAAUACAUUUUACGUUACUGCUAAGGUAACACAUUUUGCGUAUUUAUUAAUUUAUGUAAUUUACUGUUGCACUUGUUAAUAAUUUACCGCCUAGACGACAUUAUAAAUGCAUAAUUACGAAUACAACCGAAACACAUUAGGUACCUAGAUAUUUAUUUUAAUUUUUCUUAAUAAGUGUCUGAACAUUACAGGACGAUCCGCAUAACGGCAAACAUUCAUUAUCUCGGAAGGUCGACAGAAAUUAAAAAUGUCGGUAUCGAAUUUUAUUUGACUAAAACUUCAUAUAUUUUUGGAACUUUAUGAACAGUUUGCUAUUUUAAAUACAAAAGUGGGUAGUGGUUCCACUCCCGAAAAUUAGGGCAGCGAAAACUAACGAUAAUGUAACACAUUAGAGUCGCUUGUUCUUUAAAUUGCCCAAACAAACAAAUCCUUUCCGAUAUAAUAAGUGUGCUACGUAAUGUUAAUCAUACUGUAUAAUGUACACUAUGUACAAUUACACACUUAAGAUUAUACAAUUAUUUAAUGGCAAUGUAAUAUAAUGGCAUACAAUUUACAAUCCGUGCAUUAGUAUGAUACUUAGACUUAGACUAUAAAUAUAUUAUAAUAUCCAUGUUAUUUGAACCUAACUGUUCGUAUCUUUGUGAUAAAUACGUAAUAUAUUUAUAUUUAGUUGAAAGUAAAAUUGUUUUAUGUUAAGUUGAAGAAAUCUUCGAAAUAAAAAAUACAAUGAAAAAUUCCAAACUAUAUUAUCGAUUGAAAUAUGUAAGUAUUAAUUAUACAUACAAAUUUUGUUAUGUAUACAUUUUAAAAUUAAUAAUUUUUUUCCAUAUUAUGUUUUUUAUUUAGAUGUUCUUAAUAUUUGUAAUUUCCUAUAAUGAUUUUUUUAAUGGGUGUUUAAUGGUAUUCUCAUCAGUUUUAUUCUCACAACUACGAGAUCCUUCAUCACCAAUAAAAUUAAAUGCUAACGAAGCAUCUUGGAUAGGUAAGCAAACGGAUGAAUAUUAUUAUUUUUAUUUUAUCCGGUUUCUUCAGCUAUUUAAGGUUGUCCUCCAGGCUAUUUAAGGUUGUAAACCUUAAAUAGCACAUAUCCAUAAUGCCACAUAUCCAGACGUAUAGGUACUCAAAUUCAAUAUAUUGGAAUGGUUGAAUUAAAAUUGCAUAAUGUUUUAUUUUUUCAGCUAGCAUUCCAUCACUCAUAAGUCCUCUUGGUUUGCUUAUCAUUGGAAUAUUAACAGAUAAAAUUGGUAGGAGAAAAGCGCUUCAAAUUUCAUUUAUACCAAUCAUUGUAAGUUUUCUUAUACUAGCCUAUUCAAAUACCUAUGAAACAAUUCUCAUCGGAAGAACCGUUGGAGGUCUCAUUUUUGGUAAGCACGGUUUUUCGUUCAUAGCUAUACAUAUCGUAAUAGUAAUAAUUAUGUAUAAAUAUCGUAUAGACAAAUAGCAUUUAGUUUAUAUUUAUUAUAAUAAAGUUGAAAUAACAAAAGUCACGAAUUAUGUUAUAUCUAUCAGUAAAAUUAUUCAAUUACAACCCACGAAUAAGCGGUUUUUUGGACUCCGAUAAACGUUAACUAGUAUACCAGGUGAUCCGUUUAAGUGGGUACACUCAUUAUCUCCUAAAGUAUUAACUUUUUUCGGAAUUUAUUUUCUAGAACAUUUAGUAGAAGGAGUUAUUUUACCCCCAUAUGUAAGGAUGACAAAAAAUAACAUAAAUAUGAAUGUAUAGAGCUGCUUGUUUUUUAAAUUUUCUAGAAGACAAAUUUUGAAAAAAAUUAAUGCUUUCCGAGAUAAAAAGUGUACCUACUUGAUUGGAUCACCUAGUAUUAACGAGUAGGUACUCGACUCAACUCAACAGUUUUAUUUUUUUGUACUCGACAAAGUACUCGAGUACUUCCUGGACUAUUUUUACUUGAAUAUGAAAUAAAUGUAAAAAUUAUGUAUAAAUAUCUUAAAUAUCAAAUAUUUCCGAUAUGAUACCAUGAUGAUGGUUUGAAUAUACGAAUAUAGAAUGGUAUUGUUUUAUUUUUACGAAUGACAACUUGAUAUUUGUAAAGACCCUUUAAUACGAAUUAUAAAGCUCAAUAUUUUAAACUAGAUGUCUAAAUGUCUAGAUGGUGUAAUAAGAAAAAAAAACAAUCAAAACUACUCAGUAAAUUUGGUUCAAAUUCGUAUAUAAGUCAGUUACAGAACUGCAAUUUCAAUGUACAUAGAAAAUAUUCAAGUACCCGUGUAAUUUCAGUUACUCGACGACUUUUGAGCACUCGAAUUUUGAACUUAAUUAAAAGUAAAAAAAAAAAAUAAAAUAGACUACUAUAAACUAAAACUCUAAAAAUACAAGUUCUAAAAAUAAAAAAAAAUCUAAAUUAUUGCGUUAUUUAUUUUUUAGGAUCAGACUCUUGCAAAUUCGUAUACGCGUCGGAAAUAUGUACACCAGACCGGCGGCAGCUCCUUUAUUCUGUGAUGUUCGUAUUCGUGGGCUUCGGCAUGAUGGCAGAAAGCAUAUUUGCAAUGUUUCUGCACUGGCAAACCGUUUCAUUGAUACUCGCAGUGAUGAGCGCCACCGGUAUGGUAGCACUGUUCGCAGUACCAGAGUCGCCUACGUGGCUGAGGGCACAGGGCCGCGUAAAAGAAGCCGAGCGCGCGGAACAGUGGUUCGGAUUAAAACCCGGGAUAUUGGUAACCACGGUCAACGGUGAUAAAUUCAGCGAUAAUCACACUGUCACCACCAGUGCUGAUCGGUGGGACGCGUCCUCGACAUCCCCGACAUACUGGUCGGUGUACACCCGUCGAAGCGUAUGGUUACCAACUUUGAUGACGUUGGCGUUCUUCGCCUGUCAGGAGGGCAGUGGCCUGUACGUGAUGCUUUCUUACUCAGUCGACGUACUACGGGACUUCAAGGUCCAGUGGAACGAUACCGUGGUCACUGCGGCUAUCGCUUUAUCCCGGGUGGCGGGCAGUGUGGCAUUCACCGUGAUGUACAACGUCAAACGCAAGACAUUGGCCAUCACUUCUUUCGCCGGCAUGGCCGUGUCACUAAUCGUCAUUAUCACAUACGUGAAAAUAUUUCCAAACACGGAUAGGCCAUUCGGCGACCUCGUACUGUCUUCCGGAUUCGUGAUUUACAUGUUUUUCACCCUAGUGGGCGCAGUGCCGAUACCCUGGACGCUGGGAAGUGAAGUUUUUCCGAAUGACGUGUCAGGUUAGUUGCCUUAGGCAUUUAUUGGUUUCCAUGCCAAAAUAUUAAUAUAAAUAAGAUCAUUCGAUUCGAUUGAUUAUAUCAAUUUAUAACGCAAUAUGUCUUUAUUAUCUCAGAUUAACGGCACAUUUUAUAAUUCGUGGUUUAACUCUGCCGAGCUUAAUCUGUCGUCUGACCUAAGGACUUAAUUAUUUCCGGUAUCACAAAUGCCGAUCUGGUUUGGUUAAACUAAACUAUUGUUUUUUUUUUCUUCUGAAAUAUGUGAUGGUACCACUAAAUAAUCUACGGAACAUCUUGGUAACAGUGGAAUGGUAAUAUUGUGUUUCUAUAGUCAGUUUAUUAAUCGUUAUGCUGUAAGAAAAAAACAAAUUAGAAAAGUUGAUUAAGUUGAUAAUAAUCAUUCUAUAAUUUCCAUUCGUUCGUUGGUUUAAUAUACAAAUUAUUCGUAAAAUUCGAAUAUUAAUCUAAUUAUGCUUUGAUCGGUAUCUAAGACAUAAUAAUAUUGUACGUAAAUCCGUUACUAUUGUUGGUUCUCAUAGUAUAAUUAUUGUAUUUACGAAUCCGAAAAGGGGUCCUAUUGGGGUUGAAUGACCAAUCGCCAUCAACUGAAUGUUGUGAUAGAAUUCGGUGUGACGAGAUUUUCUGACGCAAUAGAUAGACCGUCCUACAACUGCAUUGUCGAAGAAAAAAUUCCUAGUGUGCCCUAAGACAUACUGGGAAGGCAACCUAAUAUUCUCGCUUGAACAACCACUGUGGACGACGGCGGAUUAAAUUCACCGCACCUCAUCAACUUACGAGGGUUGUCCCAAAAGUAAUGCACAAUUUGCUCUGAAUAAAUAAGUUUUUAUUUUAAACUAAAUACAAUAUUAUAGACCUUCGAUAUAAUCCCCCUGCUUGUCUAUACACGAUUGCCAUCGUUUCGGGAGCGCUUGAAUGCCGCAUAGGACGCCAUCUUUGUUGAGUUCACGGAUCCUUCGGCUCACUUCUUCAUUUAGUAUAUCUAAGUUGGGAAAACGGAUCCCUCUAAGUGGUUUCUUCAGUUUUGGAAAUAAAUCAAAGUCCGGAGGACUUAAAUCCGGCGAAUACGGUGGGUGUUUGAGGCGUUCCCAUCCAUAUUUCUCCAAAAGAGCGACGACUGGUGCUCCGAUAUACGGCCGCGCAUUAUCGUGCAAUAUGGACACACCAUUUUGUAACAUUCCUGGUCGCUUUUUACGGAUUUCUGGUCGCAAUUUUUUGGCAAGGAAUGUUUUGUAGUAAUCCCCGGUUACACUACUGCCAAUUGGAACUCGAUCAGUGACAAUUAUCCCAAGUUUAUCGUAAGCAAAAAUCAUCAUUUGUUUCACCUUUGUUUGCUGGCGACGAACUUUUUUUGCUCUUGGUGAUGUUAUUCCNUCACGGAUCCAAGUCUCAUCUAUUGCAAUUAUACGAUCAAGAAACGUUUCUUUUUCAUUUUCGUAGCGAGAAAGGAGUUCACGGCAGAUGUCUUUACGUGUAUCCUUCUGUUCCGGUGACAGAAAAUGAGGCACCCAACGUGCUGCAAUGUUUCGUUUCUGUAGAAUUUCCGUUAAAAUGCGGUGAACACUUGAUUUUGAAAUACCUGUUUCAUUUUCUAUCUCUCUCACCGUUAUUCGUCGGUCUUCAUCGAGUAGAGUUGCGAGAAUAGCCGCGUUAGUGUUGUCUUGAGUAACCGUAGAGGGUCGGCCAGAGCGAGGGUUGUUAUCAAUACUUAUACGACCAUCACGGAAUCGCUGAUGCCAUCUUUGCACCGUACUACGAUCCACAGUAUCCGUUCCACACACUUCAUUUAACGCGGCAUGAAUUUCAGGCACUGUUUUACCACGAAUCGUUUCGAUUUUAAUGUAUGCGCGUUGCUCAAAAACAGAAAUGUGAGCCGACGAAUUGUUCUCACUUUCGUUAUCGCUCUCACACAUCAUCAUACUUUACUAAAACAACUAAAACUGAAAACGCACGUGUUCGUUAGACUUCAAGCUACAAACUGAUACUAAAAUCAGCUAAUAAUAUCACAUUGCAAGACAGCUAGAGCGCGUUGUGCAUUACUUUUGGGACAACCCUCGUAUCACCGUAGACGUAAAGAAGUUUGAUUGUGGCGACAAUACUGAAUGCAGUGCUCGAAAUGUAAAAUUGUACGAACCGGAACGCUCAUGAAAUUAAUACGUAGAUUAUAAUAUUAAUUUUUAAUUUUAAUUAUUUUAAUUUGUGUUUAUUUUACAAUACAAUAUAAUUAGUAAAAUAAAUACAAAUAAUAUAAGUAAUUUUAAGCUUAAAAAAUGUAGUUGUACAAUUCAAAUUUGAUAGAUAGUUUAUAAUAAUUUCCAUAAUGCUGAGUAUUUUUCGUCAAUUUUUUUUUCACGUUUGUGAGUUGCUGUGUCAUCAGCAGAAUGUCUACCUUUGACCAUGAGCGUACAUAUUUUUCAGGACGAAAUUCAGUGAGUGGAGAGCCAACACAAUUAACAAAUAAAAGUGCAGAGACUGUACUAAUAUUUAAUAAAGAUCUGUGAGGUGUUAUAAUUUCAUUCAUUGAGCUGAAAUUUCGCUCGCACUUACUUGUAUAAAUAGGAAUAGUAGCUACGGUUUUAAAAAGUAUUUGUAAGUCGUCCUUCCAUUUUGUAUAUUUGAAAACCCCGAACAAUAUCAUUUUCUUUAUAUAAAACAUCUGGAGCUAUACAAUUUGUUUGUCUAAUAACUCAUUAGGGUUUCCUCAUCGUUGAAAUAUACAAGGUUAUUUCAUAUAUGUCACUUCUCAAUCAAAUAUUUGAUGAUAAAAACAAAAAUAGCAGCUUAAACUGUGACAAUAAAGAUCGAAUAUAUAAGCGCGGGAAUUUUGAAUUUGUUAAAAUUAUUAUUUAAUACGUAAACUAUGCUGUGAACAAAAUAUUGUAUUAUUUACUGUUCAGUAAUAUUUUAAUCAUUCAGAGUAUUGUAAAAUAUAAUGUGUUAUAAAUUCUAUUACAAGCUAUAAUAUCUAUUUUAUAUUUAUACAGUCCACAAGUCUGAAUUUGUAUGCAAGUGUAUUUUUCAUGAUAAGAAAAAUUGAUAUUGGUGAUACCCCUUUAUGCAGCAAUUUUAUAUCGAAUGAUAAAAAUCCGAAUGUAUAUGGAAUAACCUGUGUAUUUCAACCAUGGGUUUCCUAAUGAAUUGAACAUUAUAAUAUUAUAGUAUAAAAAAUAAUUGUAGGUAUAUGUUAUCGAUUUAAACAAAAUAAUUACUACGGAUCUUAAAUCAUACACAACUGAUAGAGCUACGGUUAUAUCUCCUGCACAUGCAUCGUCCUCUUCAUAAUACUUUUAUAACCUAUACUGGGUAUUCGGAUGUAUUUUUUACAUAGAGAUAUAUUACAAUUCCGUGAUAUUUUAUUGUAUAGGUCGUGAUAAGACCGAUACAUCAGCGACAGUACAUCGCGCAUGCUCAGAAGUGAGAUGCCCUUUUGAUAUGUUGGCGACAAGUUUUAUUGCUUAUAGCUCUAUCCAUUGUACAUGAUCUACAGAUAAAAGUAUUAUUGAUUAUUAUCAUUAUUAUUAUUUAUUUAACAAUAAAUUGUAUUGAUAAUAAUUAAGGAAUACAAAUAUGAUUUAGUAACUCGUGCUAUACUGAUAUAAAUAGUACUGCCACUUUCCAGCAUAUAUUAUAUAAUAUUACUUAUAUUAUUAAUGUAAUUUUACUAGUAUAUAUAACUUAACUUUGGUUAGGUUUAUAACUAGGGAACGAAUGGGUAGCCUUUUAGACCCCUCUACCUUUAUUGCUCUUUUAAGUAUUUUUAAAGUGAUAUUUUAGUACUUUUAUGACUAUGGGCUUUAUGAGUUUUAAGUACAUAUAAAUCCGUUACUUAAUUAUAACAAUUCAAUGAUUAUACUUAUAUGUUAUUACGGUUAAUCUUAAUACCUACCUAUUCAAACAUAUGAAGAUGCACAUAAACAUAAAGGAUAUGAAUUAUAAGAACAAACAACAAUUGAUAAAAAUAAAAAUCUGGUCCAUUGCGGCUUAAAUAUUAAAUAAAUAACACAUUUAAAGACUAACCUUUGUCGGAAUCCGAAAAAUUUCAUUAAAAAACCAUUUGUAAAAUCAUAACCGAAAUCGAAAAAUUUCAAAAACCAAUUUGAAAACCGAAACCGUUAAAAUCAAUAACGUUUUUGAGCCCUGGUUAAAUAUAAUUUUGUUUAUAUUAUUUUAAUUAUUUUAUUUCUAGGUACUAUGAACGGAGUUAUACAAACCAUUUCAUUCCUCAUGAUGUUUGCAAUCACUAAAUCAUAUCCACCAAUGGUUAUGCAUUUAGGAGUAGAAAAUGUUUGGCUAAUAUUUACUAUCUUUUGUAUACUAGGUGUCCUUUAUAGUAUUUACAUAUUGCCAGAAACGAAAGGAAUACCUCUUAACGAAAUUUUGGCAAGAUUUAAUUCUCCAAAAAAAUUUUAA